AUGGCUUAUCUCGCCUGCAAUCCCAUUAAAAACCAGUGGUUAUCACUACAUAAACCAAGCUUGCGAUGUAUAGCUCUAGCAGUUGGCUUUUCGUGUUCAGAGGAUGACAUUGUGAGUUUUAAAGUCAUUCGGGCUUAUAUUAGACUCCCACAAUUUGAAGAUAACAAGCUGCAGAUUGAAACUUUCUCUUCCCAAACUGGCAAGUGGAAAAAAUCUCAGCUUUCUUUUCCAUUCAAGUUUUCUUUGAUUCCAUACACGAAGUGCGACGUGAUGGGAGGGAUUUUUUACUGGCGAGCCAAGGGAGAUGUUGUGGCUGCUUACGAUCCUGGAAUGGGAAAAAAUCAUGUAUGGUUGAUGAGAUUGCCGACUACUGGUUUGAAUGGGAUAGUUAGAGCUAUGGGGCUGACACAUGAUGCGUUGCUGCAGUGUGCACUCUCAGAUCCCGAUAGAUUGGAGGUCUGGAUUUUGAAGAAGAAGACAUCGCAGUAUAGUCUUUCCAGCAUUAUACCUCGCACCGAAUGGGUCUUAAUAUAUGCUUUUAACCCUGAAGACUUCUUGUUGCCGGUUUCAGACACCAAAAGAAACAAACUGGGGGAGAUUUUCUAUCAGCAACCUCCUCCUCCUGGUUUUCCACAACGUCCUUUUAUGUCAGGUUUCCGUCCUCAAGAUUCACGGAUUGUCUAUCUUCGACUGGAUGUUGUGAUCUUCAGCUACAAUUCAGAGACUAAACACGUAGAGGUCGUUCAUUAUCAUGGAACUAGCUAUCCAAGCUGUUUUUACGACUUAUUCCCUUAUGUCCAACCAGUUUGGCCUCCUUCCUUACCUCAUUUACCAUUCCAAUCAUGUCCCAUUGAAUUUGGACCAUCCGUGCAACCACCUGCACACCCAGCAGGCAUCCCUUUGGUGGCUUUAAUUUUAGAUCUCAAGUUAUUGGCCACAGAAAUUGUGCGUUCCAAACUACCGGCUCAUUAA